GGUGCACUGUGUCCCUCAGACACAGCGGAUCACCGAUCCACGGAAAGAGCCGAAGAUGUCGGCUCGGUCAUGUGAUCAGCUGCGUCCAAUCACAGCUGAUCACAUAAGUGCCACCUGUCAGUGUCCAUCAGUGCCAGCUGUCAGUGCUGAACAGCGCCACGUGCCAGUGCCCAUCAGUGCCACAUCAAUGCCACAUAGUGCCUACCAGUGCACAUCAAUGCCACAUAUCAGUGCCCUUCUGAGCUGCCUUUCAGUGUCACCCAUCAGUGCCAGUCAGUGCCACCUAUCAAUGCCAAUCAGUGCAACCUAUCAGUGCCAGUCAGUGCCGCCUAUCAGUGCCAGUCAGUGCCAGUCAGUGCCACCUAACAGUACCAGUCAGGGCCGCCUAUCAGUGUGCAUCAGUGCCACCUAUCAGUGCCAGUCAGUGCCGCCUAACAGUGCC